UUUAGCAAGAGUAUUGAUUAUAAAUAUUUUAUUUCAUGUAUAUUGUUAAUUUUUAGCUUUUUAUAAUUGGCAAUGGAAGAUCUAGGCUAGAAAUUAUUUCAACAAGAAUGGAUAAACAGCAUAAACAGAUUAAUGAAAAUUUAGAUUUUCUUGAUGCACUUCUUGCUGAUUUGCAGAAUUCAACACCUCAGCGUAGCAAUAAAGGUUCUUCAAUUUCUAUAAAAGAUGAGUUUCUGUUACCUCAAGCUAAACAAGAGAAAGUUAAUACUUCAAACACUAAACGAACUGUAGGUGGACCCACAUUUACUUCAUCAAAUGGGGCAAGUGCUAGCAGUGUGGAAGCAUUGUUAGAAGAACUUGAUAACACAGUUUCUCAUUCAAAAACCACUAUGCAAAAUCGUCCUGUUCAAGGAAGAGCCACUCUUACUGAUCAAACUGUUUCAAAAACUGCUUCGAGUGCUACUAAAGAAUUAGAUGAUCUUAUGGCAUCUCUUUCUGACUUUAAAGUCAAUAUUCCAGCUAGUGGAAACACUGUUGUGGUUGAGCAAUCUCGCAUGGAACGUACUGAAACUGAAAAGUUGCCCUCACCCCCAAAUGAUGAAGUUGACUAUGCAAGUAUUGACAAAAAACCUAAAAAACCUCCUGUUCCCAUUCCAAGCCAGCAACAAGCUAACAACCUUGAUUCAAUGUUGGGUAGCCUCCAGUCAAACAUGUCAAAACAAGGAGUUACAACAGUUACAAAAGGAAUAUGUGGUGCUUGUGAUAAGCCAAUCAUUGGACAAGUAUGCACUGCAUUAGGCAAAACAUGGCAUCCUGAGCACUUCACCUGUUAUGUUUGUGAUACUCCUUUAGGUACACAAACAUUCUUUGAGAGAGAUGGCAAACCAUUUUGUGAAGAAGACUAUCAUGAACAGUUUGCUCCCAAGUGUUUUGCAUGUCAAGGACCUAUACUUGAUUCAUGUGUCACAUCUAUGGAUCACACCUGGCACCCUGAACACUUUGUUUGUUUUGAAUGUAAUUUACCUUUUGGAGACUCUGGAUUUCAUGAAAAAGAUGGAAAAGCAUAUUGUAGGGAAGACUACUUUAAAAUGUUUGCUCCUAAAUGUUCAGGAUGCAACAAAGCUAUUAUAGAUAACUACAUAUCUGCUCUAAACGGUCAUUGGCAUCCCCAUUGCUUUGUCUGUAUGGAGUGUCAUCAACCUUUUCAAGGUGGUAGUUUUUUUGAGCAUGAAGGUAUGCCAUAUUGCGAGAUGCAUUAUCAUGCCCGCAGAGGUUCUUUGUGCUAUAGUUGUCAAAAACCUAUUACUGGACGUUGCAUCACAGCCAUGCACCGCAAGUUUCAUCCUGAGCAUUUUAUUUGUGCGUUUUGUUUGAAGCAAUUAAACAAGGGUACAUUUAAAGAACAAAAUGAUAAACCUUAUUGCCACGGUUGUUUUGUUAAACUAUUUGGUUGAGCUUCGUUGCUAUUUAUUGUCAUUUUUUGUAUAGAAAAUAUAAUUUUUUACUUGUAAAAACAAAAAUUGUCAUAUAAAGCAAAAAAACUAACUUUUAGGUUGCGUAAUCAUUUAUUGUAGUUAGUUCCGAUUUUCAUACAAUGCGAAAUUACUUAGUUGGCUAACUUCUUUUGAUUUCAUACGUGUUUUUUUAUUUCUUUUUGUUGAUAUUUCGUCGAUAUUUUUUUUAUAUUCUUUUAAAUAUUUUAAAAUUUCUAUUAUUAUUUUUUAAUUGGAUUACUUUUUUACAAGAUUGUUGAGCAGAUUGGAAGUGUUUUAAAAGGAUUGUGAAUAUAACUAUUAUCUUUUUUUAA